ACACUUCCGGUCAACCAUUUUCAAAAUGGCGUCGAUUUUCAUCUUUCAAAUUUCUGGAUAAAGAAUCAGUUCUUCUUUCGAUCAUCGAACUAGUUUGGAGAAAUCGAAUAUUGAACAAUUUAAAAUUGAUAUUGAAUCUUCUAUUUUCUGCUGUUUUAUUUGGAUAAUUCACGAGAUUUCUCUUCUUGAUAACAUCGCUAGUUAACCAAACUUGAACGGACACGCCUCGCCGAAAAAUCGGCGAAUUUUAUAACGUUACACGAUUGGAAUAUUUUACUGGAAUUUAUUUCAUAGUCUAGUGUUUAAUUUUGAAUUUGCUUGUCAAAAUUAGAAGAGGUCUGAGCAAUAUCAACUUUAGCAAAUUCCCUCUUUUUGAUUUCCUCCAAGAUAUGUAGGAGAACAUUUUUACAUAAAAAUCAGAUAUAGAGAUUAGGAAACUUUUUUUUUUAAAAAAUGUCAUCAGCAAGUGGAGGAGAAGGAUCAGAGUCUUCCCAUAGUUGGAACGAAUGGCAGCAACAAUUACAAGCUUAUGUGGCCUGGGUUAAUUCUCAAUUAAAAAAAAGAGCUGGCACAAAACUUGUUAAAGAUCUCAGCUUGGAUAUGAUUGACGGAACUGCUUUUGCUCAUUUAAUCAGUAUAGUUGGAGGAGAGGAAGUUGCCGGUAUACAUUCAUAUCCAACAACUAUUAUUGAAAUGAAGGAGAAUAACGAUCGUAUUAUACAUUUUAUGCGUUCGAAAAGAAUUCGAAUGCAUCAAACAACUUCUAAAGAUAUUGUUGAAGGUAAUUUUAAAGUCAUUAUGAGGCUUAUUUUGGCUUUGGCAGCUCAUUAUAAACCUACAAGUGUCAAGCAUACGCCAACAAAACGACGAAAUAUGGUUGAAAUGGCACAGGGAGCGGUUACGGCGUUGGCUCACGCCAAACAGAGAGCGUCAUUUACCAGCGUGAAACCUUGUAAACCCCGAUUACCUGAAGGAAAAUUUUCUGGUGCUAGAUUAUUGGGCAGUGGCAGUGACCUUUCUGAUCAGGCGAAAAGGUCAGAUCGAGAGGACGAUAGGGCAAGUUCCGAGGAUAGUCAUUAUGCCAGUACUUUUGCGAGUCCACUUUCUAGUUCGACGGGAUCUCCGCUAGGAUAUCGAAGAGGAAGUUUCCCGAAGAGCAAAAGCGAACAAGUACUAUCAGGCGGUGGAACUGAAAGCGCUAUCGUUGCCGAUGCUCCAACAUCUAGCGGAAGUGUUAUAUCAUUAGAACCAGCCUGGCAGUCCCUUUUAGAAGAUCAUGAACAUAUUGGAGAAGAUUUAGCCUCUACUCGACAAGUUUUAUUAUCUCUUCAAAACCUAUUAUUAACCGGCCAUUACGAAAAACUCCACAAGUCCGAUCCAGAUGGUCUAUCGAGCGGUGACGAAAGUGACAAUUGCCUACCAGCCGAAGGUUCGAAUGCGGAGGAGCGUUUAGAUGUGAUGAAAAGUCGAUUGCAAUUAUCGGAAGAGAAUAGUAGAGAUCUAAGAGCUGAAGUUUUAAAAAUGAGAGCAGAGAUAUUCGAGUUACAAGGUCAGAAGAGAGGUUUACAAGCAAGAUUAGAGCAUCAUGAAGAUGCAAUGUUAAAAAUGAAAGCUGAAUUAUUAAGAGUAGGAUUCGCAUCUCAAGGUUUACAGAAUGAAAAGCAAGAGUUGGAAGAUAAAGUAACUGAUAAACAAAGGGAAAUCGAUGAUCUAAGGAAAGAGUUAAUUAACAGAGAUAGAAAUUUGGAUGAACUCUUAGCUAGCGUACAGCUGGAACAACACGAGAAAGCCGCUACAACACGAAGCUUACGUAGUCAAAUACAAGAGUUGCACGAACGUUUGAGGAGAGUGUCUGAAAAAGAAGCUUCUUUAACAAAUCACGUUGGCCAACAAGAUAAACAAAUGACAAAGUUAGAGGCAAGAAUACUGCAAUCUGUAGGCCAUCAGCGUUCUGGUCCCUCAUCCAUUCUCUCUAAUCAUAGUGCUGAAUCCGAUGAAUUACAAUUAGUACGAAAGUCAUUGCAAUCUCUUAAAACGUCCUUUGCCGGUGACGACCCUUCGCAUAGGACUAUUGAUACACUGGAACAAAGUAUUACAUCUCUAAUGGAACGACUUGAUUUAAAUAAUGAAAGAUUUAGAAAUUCCCACAGUUUAAGAAUUGAGGAUCAACCUCCUCUUAGACGAAAUUAUACUUCAUCACCAAGCUCUUCUUAUCCAUCUGUAGACGAUGAAAUGCCAUGUACAAAAGUCUUAUAUUUUACCGAUCGAACUGUAACUCCAUAUAUGUGCACCAUUCCAAAACGCUUAGGAGACAUCACCUUGGGCGAUUUAAGACAAGCUUUGGAUAAGCAUGGCCGUUGUAGAUUUCAUUUUAAAGCCUUAGACCCUGAAUUUGGUACUGUUAAAGAGGAACUAUGCAACGACGAAGAUAUUGUACCCGGUUGGGAGGGAAGAAUUGUCGCUUGGCUCGAGGAAGACGGCCUAUAACAAUUCAAAUUGAUGAGAAAGAAAAUAUUCAUAUUUUUUUUUGUGCUUAAAAAGAAAAAUUAUCAACGACUAAAGGAAGAAAAUGAGACGGCGAAGAGAGGAAGAAAAUGAAAAAGAAAAGAAAAAAACAACCGAUUUAAAAUACUUGAAUCAGAAAGAAAACAUAAAGAAAUCUGACGGGGAGAUAAAAGAAGGAAAAAAGUCUCUGUUUUGAUAAUCUUAUCUGAAUCUGUUCAGUAUUGAAUUCUUUGAGUUUUAUAGAUGUCUUCUUCCUCUUUGCUUUUUUUUUUCUUAAUUUUUCUACUAAUUUUUUCUCUUUAAAAUAAUUCGACUCCAUCCCUCCUCUCCCCUUUCGAACUAUGUUUAACAACGUUUGAAUGUGGUUAAGAAUGUACUAGUCAGUUGGAUUAUUAACUCAGUGUAUUUUUUUGUCUCAAUAUAUUGCAUGUAAUACAUUUAGAGUUAAACAUUUUCUUUAUUUCAAAAGAAAUAUAUCUCCUGUUUAUACAAGUCAUUUCCUUUUAUAUCCUUUGUACUAUUAACAAAUUCUUACUAUCUUUUCACUCUCACUCAUUCACUCACUCAUACAUACUUUCUCUCUGUCUCCCCCCUGCUCUCGCCUUCUCUUUCUCUCUCGUUGUAGCCCUUUGUAAAUAAUUAGUUGAAAAUUUGAAUAAAAUUUCAGUUAUAAAUUUAAUCAUUUCUCUUCCUAUCGCCAAUACUCUAUCUAGUCUAUGCUCAUUAAGAUAAGACCGAACAUUUGUCAAUUUGAUCCUGAGGCGAGAUAAAUUUAUUAACUACUUUUAAAGGGAAAUAAUAUGUAUUUUGGCAUCAAUAAUUGCUUUAAUUAGGC